AAUCUUUCUAAAUAGAAGAAACUUAAACAAAUGUUGGUAUACGGAUGAUACAAAGGAGAGGGAAAAGAGGAUGACGUAGGAGAAAACGGGGAAAACUGCUCGGCCAAUAUCUUUGAGAAAAUGAGAGCAUAGGAUUUAGUGCAUACAUGUAGGAAUUGGUCUUAGUAGGCAGUUUACACGUAGGUACAGGAGGGAGGCAAGUAGGCGAGUAAAUGGUGCUGUCAACUUGUGGGUUUACUGAUUCCCACAAUUUUCUUGGUAAAAUUGGAAGCAAAGUCGUUAGCCAAGAGUGAGGAUGGCGAAGGAAGUGAUGAAGGUUUGAUGAGAAUGGAGAAAUAUAAUAUUUUAGGAUUAUAGGCCGAACAAACUGAAGGGAAUUCUAUACCAAAUUGAAAAGCGGGCCGAGCUAGAUUUUGCCUUGAGAGGUUAGUCCCUCUAGGCGCUCGGUAGCUGGCGUCGCGUUUCCUUGGAGACCGAGACACUAGCAAAAGCAUCGGGUCUCGGCAAGUUUUAAGUGGCCUGGGUUACCGCGCGAUCUACACUGAGACAAGGAAGUUGGAAAAGCCGCGUAGGCGUUCUAGAAGAUCAGGGUCUCACAGACUCGCAACUUCUUUUCCAUUUUCCCCAAUGGCGCAUGUCUUACAAAAACCCAAGCACUCUGGGACUUACUCCACAGUCCACGAGUUCCAGGUUAAGGAUUAUGUACUAUGGCAGCAGUCCAAACAGAAAACCAAGCCAUCUACUCUGCCUCCGGUCCGACAAGCCAACAGCCUUAAAACAAGCAAAAUGAAGACUCUGACUAGGGUCCAACCAGUGUUGCAAUCCAUGCCCACUAUGGUGGUGACAAGCCACCAGCCAAAGAAUCCACGAGAACUGCAUAGAAGGCAGAAGUUGGACCCUGGGAAGAUGCAGGUCAAAAUCCGGUUAAUGAAGACGAUGCUCAGGAACCGUCAGACCUCUCUGCGAGAGCUCCAAAGCCAUGAGAACUUCCUCGCCAAGUUCAACGAGGAGCUGAUCGAGAGCAUCCAGGACAUGGAGAACCGCACGGCCCUGAAUGUGCGGGCCAUGCUGCAACAGCAGGACAUCCUGACGACCGUCAUCGACAUCUUGGAGUACUUAAACAAGAAGAGGCUGCAGCAAUUGAAGUCUGAGCUCCAGGAGUGGGAGGAAAAGAAGAAAUGGAAGACGAGCUAUCUGGAGCAGCAGGUGGAGCAGCUGAAUGCCAAGAUCGACAAGACCCAGGAGGAUGUGAAAUUCCUGAGCACUUACAUGGACCAUGAGUAUUCCAUCAAGUCUGUCCAGAUCGCCACCCUUGAACGCCAGCUGCAGGAGGUUAAGGACAGCCAGCAGGAUGAGCUGGAUGACCUCAGUGAGAUGCACAGAAAGGUCCUGAAGUCCUUGUCCGACAAGAUUCAGAAGGAGGAGAAAAAAGUUCUGAGUUCUCUGGUGGCAAAAACCCAGCGUCCUCAUGAGAAGGCUCUUCUACAGAUGGUUUGGGAAAGCCAGGCCUCGCUGAAAUGCAUUCACAGGUUCAGAAAAUUUAUUGGCCAGUUUGAGGAGAAUAUGCCUGUAUUAAGGGCCGAGGUAGAAGAGCUCCAGGCCCAGAUCCGGGAACCCCGAGAGGUCAUAUUUGAGGAUGUUCUGCUUCGGAGACCCAAGUGCACCCCAGACAUGGACGUCAUCCUCAACAUUCCUGCGGAAGAGCCAUUACCCUUCUAGAUGGCAGUGCCAUGGGCCUCCCCUCCCCUCCCCUGCCCUCCUGCUCUCUUUCCAGCACCUG